AUGUCACUCUUUUCAAGCAAGUUUUUCUAUCUUCUUUUUGUAUUUCUAGCCUUUUGUUUGCCUGGGAAUGCAUCACAGGCCCAUCAUCUCAAACACACACACCACUUCCGUCGUCAAAAUCUAGCGGAACGCUCAGCACGAGACUCUUCAUCUCCUCAGUCCAGUGACUCCAUCAUUCCGCCUGGUGUCUCAUAUCGCGAGCCUCGAGCCCUGUUCGCGCGGCAGCAGGCAGGUGGCGGCUCAGCUACCGCUGCAUCUGGCGACUACACAUGUGGCCCUGGCAAACCCUGCGGCAAUGGAGCAUGCUGUGGCGAAUCUGGGUGGUGUGGAUAUGGCCCCAAGUUCUGUGGAACUGUUGCAUUACUUACCAAGUCGCAGGGAUGCCAGUCGAACUGCGAUGCCAAAGCAGAAUGCGGUCAAUAUGCGAAGACUGCCGGACAGGGCUGCCCACUAAAUGUCUGCUGCUCACAACACGGUUUCUGCGGAACAACCGCUGAUUUCUGUGGCGAUGGUUGCCAAAGCAACUGCAAGCAACCCAAGCCAAAUGCCGGAACCAGCAAUUCUCAGCAAAUCGUCAUCGGCUAUUACGAAGGCUGGAACUUGAAGAAGAAAUGCGGAACCAUGACACCAGAGGAGAUACCGGUACAUUCGCUCACACAUUUGAUCUUCUCUUUUGGCUUCAUUGCACCAGGAACGUUCAAGAUCGAGCCCAUGAGCGAUUUCGAGCCCUCGAUGUUUGGAAGAGUCACCGAUCUUAAAGAAAAGAAGCCUUCUCUCAAAGUUCUCAUCGCAUUAGGAGGUUGGACACAUAAUGAUCCAGGAAAGUAUCAGAAAGUCUUCUCUGACAUGGCCUCAACCGCUGCAAACAGGAAGGUCUUUAUCGCCAACUUAAUGGGCUUCAUGGCAGAGUACGGGUUUGACGGUGUCGAUCUCGAUUGGGAAUAUCCCGGUGCAGAAGAUCGGGGCGGUAUACCCGAAGAUGGCACAAAUCUCACUCAGCUGAUGAAGGAGAUGAAAGAAGCAAUGGGCAAGCGCUACAUAUUAACAUUCACUGCUCCGACCUCUUACUGGUACCUGCGCCAUUUCGACAUCAAGAAGAGCGCUGAGGUGGCUGAUUGGGUGAACCUCAUGUCCUACGACCUCCAUGGCGUUUGGGAUCGAGACAAUCCCAUUGGCAACAAGAUCCUUGGCCAUACCAAUCUGACAGAGAUUGAUCUUGCACUCGACCUCUUCUGGAGGAACGACAAAGGCGAGUGCACCGACACAGAAGGCUUUCUCUCAUACAAGGAAGUCAAAGACAUCAUCGCCGCGACUAAAGCCAAGCCCAAGCUAGACAAGGUCGCAGGUAUACAGUACUUGACCUAUGGCCAAAACAGCUGGAUAUCCUACGACGACCCAAAAACCAUUGAGAUGAAGAUCGAUUUCGCCAAUAAGAGAGGCCUUAAGGGACUCAUGACAUGGGCCAUUGACAUCGACGAUGAAAAGGGCGACCUGAUUCGAGCCCUGACUGGAAAAGAGCUUGAAGAUGACACAGAUCUUCUCCAGUUCAUGACGGACGACGGGGCCUCAAUCGCGCACGGAACGGCAGAUGGCACACAGUGCUACGUCUCUGAUUGUGGUACUGACCAGAAGAACGCGACUUGCAAGUCCGGCUACACCAUGGUUGGCCGCGCGAACACGGAUAGCAAUGGAAAGAAUCGGUGUAACACGAAGAAUUCCAAACAAGCACGAAACAUUUGCUGUCCUUCCUUCUCAGGCCCACAGGAAAAUGAUUGCAAUGGCACGACGAACGAUCGUCAGCGGCAAAGUCUGAUUGCUCUGCCAAAUGCGACGUUGGCGAGAUCAACGUCAUCAACGACAGCUUUGGUUGGGUGGGAGAUUUGCUCGGCGGCCAUUACGGUGAUCAGUGUACGCGUGGAUGGAAGAGCUUCUGCUGCAAAGCUGGAAACAUGA